AUGGUCGCGUCCGCCAACGGUGAGGUGCUCAUCACCAACGACGGCGCGACGAUCCUCAAUAAGAUGAGUGUGCAGCAGCCCGCGGCCAAGAUGCUGGUCGAGUUGGCCAAGAGCCAGGUGGCUGGCGGCCGGGCGCCCGCUGCCGAGGGCCGCGCAGGCGGCGCCCGGCGUGGCCGCACCAUGCCACAAUGGGGCGGGGACGCCGGGCGCGGCGGGGCGCCCGGCGGCGGCGAGGGGCGCCAGCUGGACGUGGUGGCGGGCGACGGCACCACCAGCGUGGUCGUCAUCUGCGGGGCGCUGCUCAAAAAGGCCCAGGAGCUGCUGGCCAAGGGCGUGCACCCCACGGUCAUCAGCGACGCGUUCAGCAAGGCGGUGGCCAAGGCGAACGAGGUCCUGGAGUCCGUCGCCACGCCCGUUGACCUGGGGGACAAGGACGCGCUCAUCAGGGCCGCCACCACGUCCCUGUCGAGCAAGGUGGUGUCUCAGUACAGCUCCCUGCUUUCGCCCAUGGCGGUGGAGGCGGUGCUGCGCGUCAUGGACCCCUCGCGGCCAAACAUGCUUGACCUGCGUGACAUCAAGGUGGUGGCCAAGGUGGGGGGCACCAUCGACGACAGCGAGCUGGUGGAGGGCUGCGUGUUCGACACAAAGGCAGCAAAGGCCGCCGGCGGCCCCACUCGCGUUGAGAAGGCCAAGAUCGGCCUGAUCCAGUUCCAGCUGUCGCCCCCCAAGGCCGACAUCGAGAGCAGCGUCGUCAUCAGCGACUACCAGCAGAUGGACCGGGUGUACAAGGAGGAGCGCAACUACAUCCUCGGACUCGUGAAAAAGAUCCGUGCGUCUGGCUGCAACGUGCUGCUGAUCCAGAAGUCCAUCCUGCGGGACGCGGUGACAGACCUCAGCCUGCACUACCUGGCCAAGGCCAAGAUCAUGGUGGUGCGAGACAUUGAGAGGGACGACAUAGAGUUCAUCUCAAAGACACUGGGCUGCCUGCCCAUCGCCCACCCGGACCACAUGCGGCCGGACAAGCUGGGCAGCGCGGACCUCGUGGAGGACGUCGAGCCCCGCCGCCCUCCCGCCGGCGCCCUGUCAACCCCUCCGCCCACACGAAUCACCCCGCGACCCACCCACCAGUGCGGCAAGGGGCGGGUGGUGAAGGUGACGGGCAUCCAGGCGCGCGGCCGCACCGCCACCGUGCUGCUGCGCGGCUCCAACCGGCUCGUGUUGGACGAGGCGGACCGCUCCCUGCACGACGCACUCUGCUGCAUUCGGUGCCUGGUGCAGAAGCGGUUCCUGAUUGCGGGCGGCAGCGCACCCGAGGUGGAGGUCACCCACCAGCUCAGCAAGUGGGCCAAGACGCUGCAGCCCCGCGCGGCCGCCGUCGAUGCACUGUUAUGCAUAUCAGUGCGCGUCGCGCGCGUCCGGAGAUUGUGUCUCUAA